AUUUUAUUUCCUUCAAAAACACAUUAGAAAAUAAACACUUAAAUAUUUUCUUCUUUAUUUGUUGGCUAAGACCAUGAUGUCUAGUCCAACUGAUGAAUGGAGCCAAUUCUAUAAUCCUAACCGUAGCAUGUUUGUGGCCGGAGGUAACAACCAGUCAGACGCCACCGUCGUCACAACCACCGUCACCACCCCAUCAAACGAAGGGCGUGUGUCUAGGCCGGUGCGGAGACGGUCGAGAGCAUCAAGAAGAACGCCCACAACUUUACUGAAUACAGACACUUCGAAUUUCCGAGCAAUGGUACAGCAGUUCACCGGUGCACCUACCGCUCCUUUUGGUGGUUCCGGUGAACUGCUGAAUGUGCCGGCCACUUUCAGUUUCACACCCGGUCAGCGACAAACACAAGUGAACCCUAGUGCAGACUUUCAUUUCCAGUAUCAGUACCAGCAGCCAAGCCAAGGAUCUAGUUACAUGUUCCCACAGGCUACUGAUCAGAAUAUUAGUCAUGGUGGUGAUCAUUUGUUUUUUCAAAGACUUGGAAACCCUAGGCCUUUGGAAGCUGUAGAUCAGGGGUUCAUGAUGGAGGGUAUUUCCUCACAGGCGGCGGCGGCGGCGGCGGCUGCUCCGCCUCCAUCGGCUGCGUCUAAUGAGAACAGAAGCAACAGUUUCUUGUUUUGAGAGGGACAAAAAGUUGGGCAUGGACUUGUCCACAACAUUGACCAAUUUAUGUACAUAACGUGCUGCUUACACUUUCUUUAUAUCUACUUUUUAUUUUACUUUUCAUAAAUCUGACUCUAUAAUGCGGCUAAA